GUGUCUUUGAUCUCAAGCAGAUGGCAUUCGAGACGGUCGAGGGAAUGCUUCGUGCUGGCGCGACACUCGUGCUCACCUACUUCACGCCAGACUUCCUGGAGUGGCUCGACGAACCACGAUGAGCAAAAAUGCAUAUCCCUUGACGCAGAUUGGCCUAUUCUAUCGACCUGUGACAUCGUGCUAAGGCAAGCUGCGAGCGCAAGCAGUGGCCCUGCAGCUACCUGGAGAAUAAAAAGGCUCUAGACAGCGGACCCCUUGGGUAUAUGAUUUCUAUGCUGGGCACGCGAGCCGUUCAAUGGAAAACGCGUCUGCGCGGAACACGCGUCGAACGAGGCGAAAGAACAAUCAGGCUGUUGACGAGCUCACGAUGACCAUCAUAUGAGGCAGAACAGGUCUGACAACGGCUACACCGAGCUACCGACAAGUUCUGCUCCUCCGUCCGCCGACUCUUCGUUCGCCGACACAGUUUACGCGGACUCGCCAGUCACGGCUCGAAAUAGCAGGAUCAUGCAGAACGGCGGAGCGCACCAGCGCACUGCCAGCCUUGCAGGUUCUUUCGGACGGGGACACGCCAGGCAACGGUCUGCGAGCGCGAGGCAGUCUGUUCACCUGGACAUGAACGGCAGCACGCUACCGCCUAGCCCAGUCUUACACAACACCGCGGGUCAUUUGCCUGCCAUUCUCUCAUCGCCGACCUCGGAUACAUCCGAGAAGUCAACAGCCAGGCUGAAAGAAGAAGUAGGCUGGCGCAUGCAUGAUGAGCUCGACACGCGGCCCCGUAAGACAUCAAUAUGGGCUACUUUGAUCACACCACGAAGGCUGGGAAUAGCCAUGGGAUCUCUCGUCUUUCUCCUCGUCCUCGUCGUCUCUAGCGGCAAGCUGCACCAGUCAAAGACACUGCCCAUCGGGCAGGAGACGCAGCUGAGCGCGGCAGAGAUAGAUGCAGCUCUGACAGAACAACGAGCGUUGGCGGAAUUCGAUACCGAUCCGCUCGCGUUCCGGAAGCAUCUCGAUAGCCAGCACGGUCCGGUGAGCUAUGCCGACAAGGAGCUACAGGACGGUCACUCGCCCCUGCUCACGUUUCAGUCAAUCUAUAUCGUGCAGACACCUUGUGACGAUGCCAGGCUCGUUGCAUCUAGGCGGCGGCAAAGUCAAAAGCUAGCAGAUGCGCUCGGUCUGUCCGUCAGAUUCGCGCCCGCGCUCUCGCCAAGCUCGCCACUCGUUGCGUGGAUAGCAGACCGCGUCUCGCGGAAGCGGCAGGUCAAAGGAACCUUGCUGAUGCAAUCCAGAGGCGUCGAAGGCCGAAAGAUCGGAGGGCUACAAGUCGGCUCGCCAUGGCUCAGCCCGUCUGUCAAAUUGGAUCGGACGGAAGCCAAGCUGCUCCACAGCUAUUUGCGUGGCUACCCGGUGCAAUGGCAGGAAGGGCGCUCUACGGAAGCUGUUCUUAGCGAUCGCGAUGCUAUGCUUCGCCAUAAGCCGACAGUCGACGAAGCCAUAUAUAGUCAAGCGGGCUCAAACUGGGUUCAAUAUCUACUCACGCGUACGAGACUAUCCUCGAAUGGGACAGUCGAACUCGAGGGCGACUUUGAGAUUACUCGUCAAGCUCUCGAUGACCCUGAAACGCUCCUGCGCGAUCCGCUCGAGAGCAAUAGGUUGCUACAACUUACUGCUGACGAUAUCGCGCUGUGGUAUACGCAUUCGCAACUGCUGCGACAGCUCAAGGAUGACGAAGCCGCGUCAGUCCUCAUCUUGGCGGACACGGUCGAUGCGGAGUUCGAUCUCGAAACGCGCUGGCUGAACAUCUGGCGACGCUUGCCCACCGGUCGCAACUCGAGCAAAGGACAAAGAGCGUGGGAUAUCACCUAUCUCGGUCACACUUGGGGCCGGGAAUCAUUGCGCGGAGGAUACUACAAUCCGCUACUACAUCGCUCGAACGAACCAAGAUCCCUGAUAGCAUAUGCGCUCUCGAGAGAAGGUAUCGCGCAUCUUACAAGCGCAAUCGAAGAUCCUUGGUCUGCGUAUCAGACGAAGCUAGACAUCGCGAUUGCGACGCUCAUACGAGCAGGGGCACUCAAUAGCUUCUCGGUCGAACCACCUAUCGUCGUCGAAGCAGCACCAGAGCCGCUUUUGCAGUCAGCGACGCCUGCAGAGAGACAGGCGCUGCAAGUCGAGCGAAAUACGCGGAAAUGGCGAGGCAGCCUACAUGACUCGACCCUAGAGCGAGUAUGGCUCGAUGAGAAUCGCGUCUUACCCGAGCAUGAAGAAUCAGAUCUGCUGAUGGACUUGUCAACGGGUCUAGGCUCGACAAUCUAUCGCGUCAAGCAAUGGGUCGCAGAACACGAGAGGAACAUCAGUAUUGCACGAGCAGCCGAUGCAUAGAGGAUCAUUCAUUGUAUCGCAUUUGCAUUCAUGUAUCACUCUGGCC